AUGGCGAGUGUACCAGACCCAACUCUCGGCAACCCAUUUUUAAUAAAUAUGCCAAAGGAACCAGGCGUCGGCAUUAUUAAAAAUAAGAUGUCUGAAGCAGAGCGAUUGUUUCAUUAUUCUUAUGCAACACUUUCUGAGGAAUCAUGCUAUUUGGCGUUUCCCGAUGCAAUUCGAGAUUAUGCUUCCCUUUCAGGCCUUCAAAAUAUCGCUGGGUCUCAAGCACAAGAAAAGCGUCACGAUCUGACAUAUGCCUUUCUCGACAUUGCCGGCUUACCGGGCGAUCCAUUUAAUUCGGCUUAUCGUCGUCUCCCAGAUCAAUCGUUGAUUCCACGCGAGCAACUGCUUCGCACAGACGAGUAUCUCAAAGGCGAACCACCAGAACAAGUUUCUCUCUUUGUCGAUAAACUUGCACGAUUUAUAGUCGCCUUUGCUGGUGGACUAAGCCUUGUAGCCCCCAUGCUUAUCAUGAGAAUUGAGGAGAAUUUGACGAAGAGUCUAGUGACGACGAGUAUAGCUGUGGUAUUGUUUGCUGGAAUGACAAGUCUUAUUCUCCGUGCAAAUAACACGGAAACCGUCGCAGCAACUGCAACGUAUGCAACCCUGCUUAUGGUUUUUGUUGGGACAAAUGGAUGA